GUAUCACACUAUCUUCGCUUUCCUUGACAUUAAUGCUGUCACGCAAUGGCGGCAAAAAAUCUCCGCAAAAUUCAAAGUCUCUUAAGUCGAAAUUAUUGCAAAAAAAGCGACACAUCCUCAAUUUGGAACUACUUCAAAAAAGGAGACAAAAAACCGGCUUUGGAACGGUGCAGAAAGAGACAAGUGCGUCGGCAAGACCCCGACUUGAGCGCGUUCGGAGGCCAGGCCUUCAGGACCUGCGGGAAAGCCUACGUGGUCCAGAGGGACGUCAUUCCCCCAGGAGGCGGUGAGCACAGCGAAGAAGACAGAGUUCUGAUGAAGAUUGAGGCCGAUCUGAGCAACAAAGACAAUGUUUGCGACCCCAUGCCGCCGUUCAAAAGUGUGGAACAACGAAUGAUUGAUUUAUCAGAACGGAAACUGCACCCGUUUUACAAAAGAUUCAUGUCUUUGCCGAACAAAAAUUUCGUCGGCGAGGAAACUCCGACUGGUUUUGCGCCGUAUAAGUGUAAAUCAGGGCCGGUGAAACCUGAAGAAAUACCGGAAAAUUUGCAGUUCAAUAAACAGCUGUUGGAGAGGAAGAAUAUUUUUGCGGAUUUCAAGCGCGUGGAACUGCCAAAGCAAAUGGUUGUGAGGAUUGUGGAAAUGGAGCAAAAUCGGAAACCCACACUGGAGAAGAAGGGCAAAAAAAGCGAUUAAAUCCAUGUCGAAAUCUGGUUUGUUUAUUAAUAAAGCACUCCGGAACCGGAACAAGCACCA